GCUGCUUGUCAACAAGAUGGCCUUCCUCCUCCUCCUGCCGUUUUGACACUGAUUAUUUUGGUAUCCCGAGAACAUACCGUAAAAAGCUGCGUGUCUCUUCUAAAUAGAUAGCGGCAGAGCGGCCGCCCAGAGUCCCAACAAGGCGCACAGUCAGCCACACUUUGUCCAGAGAGCUGACAACGAGCGUCACUGGAACACGGUCGAUAAUAGAAAGUAGCUGCUGAUGCUAAUGUCGACCGUUAGCCAGCGAGCUAGCUUAGCUUAGCUACGUGGACACGGAUAGUUAACUCGUGUCACCUGCGUUUCACCAGACAAACUGUUUUUUUGGGUUAAGAGGGAAAUACUACGAGGAAACACUUUGUCAUCGACCAAGUCAAUACGGGUGUCUUUGGAGAUUAACGCUGUUAAGGUUGUAUGCCCGGUGUUGCUGGUGGCCCUGGUGACAGGCAGUGCCCAUCAGGUUGGCACUGGGACAAGGGAGCUGAGAAUGAGAGCUCUGGUUCUGGGUGUUUGCUGGCCAGCAUAGAUGCCGAUAUGCCCCGGUGGUCCGCAUCCUGAUGGACCGAGACACCUUCUCCCACAUCCGCCUGUGGUGCCCACGCCCCUUUGGCACCUACUCCCAGAACAAAGCCAGGAGCCCGGGCUCAGGGGGCAGCGGCGGCGGAGGUGGCGGCGGCGGCGGGUUGGGGUCCCCCUCCCUCUGCAAGGCCGAGCCCUCUCCGGGUGCCAGAAGGACUGUGGAUGGAAGUGAAGAUGGAGGGAUGAUAGUGGGUGUGCAGGAGGCGAACGGAGAAGAGGAGGAUGUGGGCUCAGAGAACACUCCGCCCGAACCUGAGCUUGUCCCCAGCUCACAGAGCCAAGCACCUCCACCUUCUUCAGCACCUCCCUCGCCACCCUCCUCCGGGUCCCAGAUGGAAGAUGGCCGCGUGCUGUUAGACACCUGGUACGUCAUUAAGCCGGGCAACACCAAGGAGAAGAUAGCCUUCUUUGUUGCACACCAGUUCAGUGGAGCAGGCCAGCCCAGACCGAGCGCCAUGAAGGUCAAAGGUAACUGGGCAACUGACUGCAGUAAAGCCAAAAGACGAAGACGAUGCUCAUCCUAUGACCCUCAAACGCGCUCCCAAGCCUCGGAGCCGAGCCUCAGCCACGACUCCUCACUUUCGCCUCCUAGCUCUGAUGAACCUCCUCUAGGAGGGGUGACUGAGACGGACUUGCUGUCGGUGGCUGAGAUGGUUGCCUUGGUUGAGCAGAGGACUGCCAUGGCCCUCCAGGGCAUCGUGGCGGUCCACGGGACUCAACACCACCACGAGGCCCCGAACACCACUCACAGUCAGGGCCUUACCACGCACCAGCACACUCUCCUCCGGGGCACGGUGUCGGACCCCACUCCUGUCGUGUUCGUGUCAGACAGUUCAAAUGGCCAGCCCUCCAAAGAGACCCGGGAGUUGUCAUCUCCUAUCCAAACGGACCAGGAGCUGGAGGAGCAGCAGGAGUCAUUGAGGGUAGCCCAGGCCAUAGCGCACUUUGAGUCCCAGAACCAAGAGAACCAGUUUCAUCUGGACGCCGGUCCUGGAACAGACUCUGCUAAUCGAGACAGAGAAAGGGAGCGAAGGAGAGGCGGGGAGUCCGGCGUUGCAGCCCCUCCUCCGCCCCCCAGCCACAGCCAUGGUGAGGUUAGAAUAGCUUUCCGAGUGUCGAAUCUGGAUCCACGGUCUCAGCUGGAGCCAGCUGGCAGGUCCCGCUGUAUGUUUAUGAGCUGUGGCGGUGGGGGCAACCAGGCGGCGGCCAGGGCCAAAGAGAAAAUCACCUGUGACCUCUACCAGCUAGUCAGCCCCUCAUCUAGAGACCCCGGUAGUCUGCUGCUUGCCGCCACAACUGCUGCCCCCAAACCAGAUGGAGACCUCCAUCACCCAGACAGGCAGGCCUGUGGCAGCCCAGACCCGACCCAGGAGGAGAAGAAAGCCGGGGGUGUGGGGAGGGAGCGGGUGACCGGCUUCCACGUGGAGGUGGUAGUGACGGGUGCUGUGGAUCAAUGUGUGUUUUAUGGCAAGGACAGUACAGAGAAUGUGCAGGAGGAGACGGUGUGCUUCGCUAUGUCGAGUGGGGGGGGAGGGAGUGGGGGCAGCUCUAGUGACCCCUCAUCCGAUGAUCCCCCUCCUGGACAACUCUUCUUCCUUCAGCCCCCACGGGGCCCAGAGGAGGAUGUAAAAGGAACGGGCAUUGGCAGCGGGUCAGGUAUUUGCUCUUUGGACUGUGCCAACAACAAUGGCCCCGGGGUGGCGGUGGGCUCAGGGGAGCGGGCGACCCGACCGGAUUCUCCCAGCGUUGGGGAGGACUGUUCGGACCCCUCGCUGUGUCGCCUCUACCGCCACGUGUCCCACGACUUUCUGGAGAUCCGCUUCCAGAUUCAGCGCCUCCUCGAGCCGCGCCAGUACAUGCUGCUGCUCCCCGACCACAUCAUGGUCAACAUCUUCAGCUACCUGCCGACGCGCUCGCUGGCGGCCCUCAAAUGCACUUGCCACUACUUCAAGGCGUUGAUCGAGACGUACGGGGUGCGGGCGGUGGACUCGCGCUGGAAUCAAGACCCUCUCUACAAGGACGACCCUUGCAAGCAGUGCAAGCGGCAAUACGAGCGCGGGGAUGUCUCCCUGUGCCGUUGGCACCCCAAACCUUACCACCACGACCUGCCUUAUGGACGUUCCUACUGGAUGUGCUGCCGGCGGACGGACAAGGACACGCCGGGCUGCCGCGUCGGGCUUCACGAUAACAACUGGGUCCAGCAGCCCACUGACGGCUCUCAAUCCAUUCGCACCAAGAGGGAGGACAGGAGGGAGGAGGCCAGGUAGAGAGGGAGGAGGACACGUAUAUCAUCUCCUCCUGCUGACCUCCUCCUUGGAGAGGAAUGAGCACUCCAGGAUUGUUUGUUUUGUCUUUGCUCCAGCACUCCUUUUCUCAUAUUGUUCCCCUCAUGUGAAGGGAAGUUGAGAGGUAAAGAAGGAAGAGAGGUGUGUCACUCUCCUUGCCUUUUUUCUUUUUCCCAAGCCCCCCCCCC